AUGGUGGAUGCCUGCGAAGAUGAGCAAACAGCAUUGCUUAGGAAGUAUGUGCUGUCAAGACUGGAGGAUCUGCAGCAGUUCGCAGAUUCCGAGGACAGUGCCUUUGGCCCGCUCUCAGUGUCGCCGUUUGUGCCGUGCGCGGCUGGACGCAUUCCUUACGUCUUGCAGGCCGCUCGGCUCGGUCCGGAGGACGUCCUGUGGGACUUGGGGUGCGGCGAUGGCGUGGUACUCAUUGAGGCAGCUCGUCGCUGUGGCUGCCGUUGCGUAGGGCUGGACAUCGACGGCCCGUGCAUCACAGCUGCACGGCAGCGUGCCAGGGAAGCUAAUGUCGAGGAGAGAUGCACGUUUCUUCGUUGCGACCUUCUGCAGCUUCCUCAGGGCACGCUCGGCGGACUUUCGGCCGAGCAGGAGUUUCAAUCCCUGCCUGCUGCGACAUGUGCGCUGGUGUUCCUUACGGCACACGGCCUCGUUAGGCUGUCGAGAUGGUUGCACGAGGAGUGGCGAGAAGGCUCAUCAAGACAGCUGCGCUUGGUCACCUGCGUUGAGUCCUUGGAUUCUGCGGUUGACUUCAACGAGCCAGACGCGCUUUUUGCUGACCCAAACGAACUGGACUGGCCGGUCUGCCGCGACUUGGAGCGCUGGGGCGUCUUCGUGGUGCCACCAUUUGGACAGGAUAUCGCCACUUGGUCUUCUGGCAUCCCGCCGCUGCGCCUGACGCGGAUGGAAGCCGAAGCCACCCAAGCGGCUGUGCUGCCGAUGCUCCUCACAGAGGAGCAGGUGCAUCAUUUGGAUACUCUGGGCUCCAAACUGUUGAUGCAAGAUUCCGCAGAUGCUGGAGAUGAGGGCGAGGUCGACAUCUUCGCUCACUCGGAGGUGAGUUUCCACAAAGCCGCGGAGGCAGCCCUCCACCGACUUGGCCAGCACCGUGUCCUGUACCUGCAUAGUGAGGAGGUGACUGCACAGUUGAGCAACGACGAGCGCGCCUUCCUGCAGCUGCUGGAGGAGACAAUUACUGCGCGCAUGAGGCACCAGCCGCGCUUCUUCGUGUCCGACCGCCUUGGUGAAGCGAAUUGUACGCAAGUGCUCUGCACUGCUGGGGGCUGCUGGGGCGACGUGCUGUCGCCCUUCGAAGCAUGGUACCACGAAUAUGGGGAUGGUGGUUCUGUGAUGGAUCCUGAACAUCGGGAAUCCCGGCAGCAAG